GCACCUAGCCCUAGCUACCUCCAUGCCUGGUCACUCACACAUCCGAUUCUAGCUCAUCGAUGACACGUCGAUGGUCAAUCGGUGCGUUACAAAUACCGGUUUGUGGUGUGAGUGAGCCGAUCCGUUCCGUUAUGUAUCGCCCAUGUGGGCGCAGUCCGGGGGCGUCGUGAUUUGGGACACCGGGGGAUCGGACACUCGGAUCCACAGCCACACAUGUAGCGGUGUUCCGGACUGCGACUACCUGGGAGACGCAUUACCCCUGAUGGCUGCUAGGACAGCCGACACUCACCCGUUGUAGGAACGUCGCUGAACGGUGAACGCUCAUCCAGGGACUGCAUCAACAACGCAGGACGACUAUCGCGCUUUUGAUUCUGGAUAAACCCUCACCAUGGCCUCGACCAUGCAGCUGCUCAAGACCGUGAACGAAAUGGCCGGAGCCCUGGAUUCGGGGGAGUGCAGGACCAUGCUGUACCUCUGUGGACACCUCGAUCUGGACAGUAACGAAGAGGGCCUUGGAGAGUUCCUGAGGUCGGGGGUCAUUCAGGGGCAGAUGAAUGACCUGUUUCUGGUCGAACUAUUGUUUGAGGUAAAACGCUUUGACAUUCUGUGGAAGUUGUUCAGCACCAAAGCUCAUGACGUCGAGAGCGCCCUGGGGAACAGGCAUGUGUUGUCCCGAUACAGGGUGCUGAUGGUGAACAUAAAUGAGAAUAUAACAAAUGGAGAUAUAAAAAACUUAAUAUUCUUAUUAAGUAGAACGGUACCAAGAGAAAAAAUUGACAAAGUUAAGUAUUUCCUGGAUGUGGUGGUUGAACUGGAGAAACUGGAUAAAUGUUCCCCUGAACACUUGGACUUCAUUGAAAAGUGUCUGAGAAAUAUUGACAGGAUUGAUCUAGCAAAAAAAGUUUGUCUGUAUAAGCAAUCAGAUGGAGCCCUUCAGAUACAGUCACUCCCUCACCCGACAGCUCCACAGCAGAGUACUGCAGCUCAUUGUCCAACUCAAACUCAUUCUUAUCCUCUCCAACAACUAAACCACACACAGACCUUCCACAAUGCUCCACAAAUCUCCACAGUACCGGUGUCAACGCCAGUCAGCCAGGAGAGUGUGAUCGAGGAGUACAGUCUGAAAGCGGAGCAGAGAGGAUUCUGUCUCAUCAUCGACUGCGUUGGAGCUGACGGAGAGAGGUUGGAGCAAGCAUUCAGAGAGCUCCAUUUCCGGGUGGAGCUCCACCAGUUGCUGAGCGCCCACACCACGGAAUCCCUUCUGAGGGAGGUGUCCCUGCGGGUGGGGGCGCAGCAUUGCGCUGACGCCUUCGUCUGCUGCAUCAUCAGCCGGGGGACCUCCACCCGCCUGCUGGCCACGGACCCCGCCCAGCGAGGCGCUGGCCUGGACCUGGACCUCGUCCGACACCUGUUCUCAGGGAAUAACUGCCCCAUGCUUGCUGGCAAACCCAAGCUGUUCUUCAUCCAGAGGUACGGCAUCCAGCAGCCCUCGGUCCCGCAACCCGAGGCCUGCCCCGGCGGCGCGCCCACUCACCAGGACUCGGACCUGGAGACAGACGGGGUGGCGUGUAGCAGGGGGCCGGCGGUCCCAACGGACGCGGACGUGUUCUGGAGCCACUGCUGGACCAGCGAGUGUCAGUUGGAGCAGGGGAACCACCGUUCGGUCUACCUGGAGGCACUCACUGACGGCCUGCUCAGGGGGAGGAGGAGGAAAACCAAUCUGGUUGAUAUUCACACUGAACUGAAUGGGCUGAUCUACGAUCACAACAAGAGGAAUCCUGCAGCCAGAUACGACAUUGAUCUGAAACACACACUCAGAAGGCAUCUCUGCUUGACAUAAGUCAUGUUUCUUCAUCAUUAAUUAGAUGCCCAUGAUGGGCCAAGAUCUUAGUUAAACCUGCAUUAGAAUGCAGAGGCUGCCCUCUAGUGGUGCUUAUCGUACUCACACUUAUACAUGGAUUAUAUCCUAACAAUAAUUGUGCAUUAUUAUGGCUGGGCUUUCAUUGAUUAUUGAAUAAACGUCUAAUAGGUAAUAUAUUAAACAAGAGGAAUAGUAAGCAUAAUGAUCUUAACGCAAUAAACCACUUAUUUUGUAUGAUGUUAUUUAUUAUUCUACUAAUGCAAUAUCCUAUAUUUUAGAGGCUGCGACUAUCACUCUGAGGCUUGUCACAGUCUCUUUGUCUGUUGGCUCGUACUAAAAUAAAGCUUAUGUCAUGAUACUGCAGUGUGUGCUCAUGUCAAUGACUUUACCCUGUUACUUUCUUUGUGAACCUAACAGAAGUUAGGUUUGGGCUGAGGUAACAUGCAGACAUUGUUGUCUGGAUAAACCUGUACAUUACUUGCCUUGUUGGCUCAAUGAGUAGAUUGUUUGAUGAUGAUUUCACAAUUAGACGAAGGGAAUUAUUAAAAAGUUACCUGCCUCGUUUUGCACACAGAAUUGUCAUGGGCUCAAAGACAAUGGCCCAAUCACAAAGUCAGCCCUGAGGACAAAAGGCGUGUUCACUGUCCUGGUGAUAACGAGACGGCUCGACAGUGAUGACGCUCACAUUUACGCAUGAUCCUGACAGCGAUGUGCAAUGCUUUGGGAAUCUAAAAGUUCUUCAUAGUCAGCAGGGUUUUUUUAUCCGAUAAAUAACAGUCAGAACUAAACAGAACUAUCACUUACUAAACUAGUAAGUGAUAGUAAGCCUAUCACUUACUAUCCUUUUGCUUUUAUUUAUGAGAAGCACAUACAGUAUUGCCACUGUAUGGAAGGCAACACUUGCCCUUAUCUAGAGCUGGUUUACCAGUAUACAACGUUUACAACUGAGCAAAGUCGAUGCCAACAGACGGGUACAACGUCAAUCAGCGAUAGAUAUGAUGGUUGAUUCUUAUCCGGUAGCCCUGGAGUACGGGCUACCAGAGUUCGUGUCCUGGGCGCGUCAAUGGUUUCUUGCCGUCGGCUUAUUUUUGUAAUUUCCUUUAUAUCAGAGAAAUUAGGCCUAACAAUUGACUUUUUAUAUAAUAAAUAUGUCUUACAAUAUCCCUAGAACCCAAAUAUAACUUGCAGAAACCCAUGGUAAAGUUAAAGCUCCUUCCUUAUAAGUG